AUGAAUUCAAUAAAGCCAAUGAGUCGUAAAAAAACUGCACUCCGUGAACUUAAAGUUCACGGAAAAGGUUCUACCGACCACUACGCGCUGAUAUCAAAUGUCGAUUUAACACGGUUAUAUAUGAGUGUCCACCUGUCACCUACCACUCCGCAAGGUUUAUUAAACCGGUGCCAAAUGAACAUCAGGUUGUAUUUCUGCCGGAGGGCAAAUGAAAAUAUGGAAAAAAUGACAAAGUCAACUUUCAAGCUUGGCCAGUAUCCAAAUGGUGAAAGGUAUAUAUAUAAGGCAGAGGAUGAAUCCACCAAGAAUCACAAAGAGAAUGAUAAGACCCUUGUAACAGGGCACAUGCCGGCAGACAAUGUAAAUACUGACAACUGUCCAGUGAACAAUUUCCUGAAAUAUGUCGGUAAAUUGAAUCCCAAUACUGAUAGGCUGUGGCAGUACCCUAGAGAAGUAUUCUUGGAAUCUGAUGAUGUCUGGUACCAGAAUCGUCCAAUUGGCCGAAAUGUCUUAAGUGAAUUCAUGCAGAAGCUUAGCAAAGCUGUUCCACUAUCUGCACUAUACACCAACCACUCUGUACGUGUGACUGGUGCUACAAUCCUAGGAAAGGGUUAUUCUGCACCACAGAUUAUGGCGGUGACUGGUCAUAAGGCUUCCUCAUCACUGGCUAUCUACCAAAGGGUGUCUGAUGAAGAAAAGAAGUUGAUGGGUGCCACAAUUAGAAAUGCCAUUAAUGGAGGAGAUCAGCUGGCACUGCCAGCCCCUCAGACAAGACUACCAUUAAUGCCAGGGCCAUCUCAGUAUGGAAUACCUUGA